GUUUGCAAAUACCUUUUAUACAUAAAAUGUCAACGAAUACAAUCAAAAUGUUACAAUAACGUAAUAUAGAUGUAGAAGUCUCAUGUUUUGAUGAUAAAUUACAAAUAUCCCCUUCAAAAUAAAAUAAGGAAAAUUCACAUCAUAUGAAGGCAAAGACCUGCGAUAUGAGUGAUCUUAUCAAAAUGUUACAUAAAGUAGAGAUCCAAAGUACUUAAUAAGGAGACUAAAUCGAAGUAGAAUAAGAUAGUACUCCCAAAAAGUAAAUUCAGCAAGGAAAGACUUGCAGAUACAUUCCUUUAAGGAGUGGAUAGAAAUAAAACCUGGCAGAGGAAUUCUAAUAUAGAGAGAUAGAAGAUGAAAACUAAGAACCUUAGAAGGGAAGUGAUUACAAGGAUUAAGGAAAUGUUUCACUAAAGGAUAUUUAUAAGAUGCACGUCUUUGGGCAACCCUUACAAAGUGACUAGUUACAUUGGGAAUCAAAAAACAUCUUCAGAUUCAAUGACGACACUCCUUAGAAAAGGAAGAUCCUAUAAGACAUCAAUCCUUCAGUGUUAGAAACCUAUAAUAAUCUGAUCGAAUAUAGAGAAUAGUUCUAAAAUAGUUAGGAUUAUCAAUACAGUCAAAGGAAAAUAAACAAGGUUCCAUUUAAGGUGCUGGAUGCCCCUCAAUUAUAAGAUGAUUUUUAUUUGAAUUUGAUAGAUUGGAGCUCAUAGAAUGUCUUAUCAGUGGCAUUAUCCUCCUCUGUCUAUUUGUGGUCUGCCUAUAAUAAUAGAGUAACUAAGUUCUGUGAUUUCGGAAACAAUGAUGUAGUCUGUUCAUUGAUUUGGAAUCCAAUGGGUAAUCAAUUGGCAAUUGGUACUGGUUCUGGAGAGAUCCAUAUAUAUGAUUAGGAGAAGAUGAAGAGAAUGUAAAUCAUAGAAGGACAUUCUGCAAGAGUGGGAUCAUUGGCAUGGAGUGGACAUACUCUUUGUUCUGGUUCUAAAGACAGAUCAAUUAUACUGCAUGAUCCAAGAUAGAAGAGAUAAACUGGAAAAUUUGAGGGACACAAAUAAGAAGUUUGUGGUUUGAAAUGGUCUCCAGAUGAAUACCAAUUAGCCUCAGGUGGAAAUGAUAAUAAGUUAUUCGUUUGGAGAAUGGGAUCAUAGAUUCCUCUUGCUAAGUUUAGCCAACAUCAAGCAGCUGUCAAAGCUAUAGCCUGGUCUCCUCAUAGACAUGGAUUAUUGUCAUCUGGUGGAGGAACUGCAGAUAGAACCAUUAGAUUCUUUAAUACUUUGACUACUCAACAAUUAGAUUGGAUAGACACUGGAUCAUAAGUUUGCAAUCUGAUGUUCAGUAAGAAUGUCAAUGAAUUUAUUUCCACUCAUGGAUAUAGUAUGAAUUAAAUCGUAUGUUGGAAAUAUCCAAGUUUACAAAAGGUCACCACUCUUAUGGGACACACUUCCAGAGUUUUAUUUUUAGCAAUGUCUCCAGAUGGAGAAACCAUUGUUACUGGUGCUGGUGAUGAAACUCUUAGAUUUUGGAAUGCAUUCCCCAAAAAAGAAGAAGCUUAACCAAUAAAGACUAUCUUGCUCCCUCAAAUGAUUAGAUGAAAAGUAUUUUAUACUACUUUAUAUAAAUAUUAAACAAAUUU